UAUCUCGCUUAUCAUAUGCCCACUUUUCAUGUCCGGAUCUACGUUUACCCAUUUUCCCUCGUCUUUCGUUGCCCUUUUCUGAAGAAAGCGCCAGAAUUGGCCCGCCACUUGAAUUUUGCCAUCGCUGGCGCCGUCAGUUGUUGCAUUUGGCUCUGGACCAUCGGACAUUUCCUUUCAUCCCAGGCUCUCAUACCACCCUCCCACCCGUGCAGCCACCCCCCAUUGUUGGCGAAAUUCAGAGACCCAGUUCGGCCACGGUCCUGCUCGCGGGGUCACACCAACUGCAUCGUUUCAGUCCCACCCACGGCCAUGGAUCCUCCCGAGGCCCAACCCUUUGUCGGUCCCACCCUUAGUGUGGGUCUGACCUAUUCGUGGCAGAAUCUGUGCGCUCAAGUGCCUUUAGCCCGGAAAUCGGCCCUGGGAAGCUGCUGGUCGCGAAGGUCAUCCAGUCCGACCCUGUCGGAUCCAGGGGCGAACGAGGCCUUGAAUUGGCCUUGGCGCGAGAGUGGAAAAGUGGUUUUGGACCAUGUGAGCGGGAUUGUGGAACAGGGCGAUGUGUGCGCCAUUCUGGGCGCUUCCGGAGCGGGCAAAUCCACGCUGCUCAAUGCCCUGACCAUGAGGAAUGUGGAUGCCUUAGAGAUCAGUGGCGAACGAUACUGUAAUGCUGAGUUGGUCACGCCCGAGUCUUUAACGGCUCAAUCGGCUUACGUUCAACAGGACGACAUGUUCAUUGGGACCUUGACCGUACGGGAACACCUUCAGUUCCAAGCACGAGUUCGAAUGGAUCGACAGUUCAACGCCAAAGAGAGAAUGGCUCGCGUGAAGGAGGUGAUCCAACAUUUUGGCUUGGAUAAUUGCGCUGACGUUCUGAUUGGCGUGCAAGGAAGAAUUAAGGGAAUUUCCGGAGGCGAAUCCAAACGACUCGCUCUUGCCUCCGAAGUGUUGACCAAUCCGUUGCUAAUGUUUUGUGAUGAGCCUACUUCCGGAUUAGACUCGUACAUGGCGCAAAACGUGGUCGAAACCUUGAAGAAUAUGGCUGGAGAAGGCAAGACGGUGAUAAUCACCAUACAUCAACCCUCAUCGCAAGUAUUUGAAAUGUUUAACAAAGUCCUUCUUUUGGCUAACGGACGAGUGGCUUUCCAUGGGAGUCGCGAGAAUGCCGAAGGAUUCUUCCGUUCCAUGAACAUGAUCGUUCCCCAAUAUUUCAAUCCAGCCGAUUUCUACGUCCAAAAACUGGCCAUGGUGGCAGGGAAACGUGAAGAGUCUGAAGCUCAAAUCCAACAGAUCUGUGACACGUUUCAAUCUAGCACAUGGGGAUCGCAAUUAAGUGAUAAGCUAGACAAGAACGCGAGUCCGGACGCGUCCGCUUCGCAGCCUUCGACCAGAGUUGCCAUUUCCAAGUACAAGGUCAGCUGGUGGCAACAGUUCUCGGCCCUCAUGACCCGAACCUACUUAGCCACCAUCAAGGAGCCCUUGAUUGCCAAGGUCAAGAUCAUGUCGACGCUAGUGGUCUCGCUUGUUUUGGGCUUCAUCUACUACGGGCAAAAGCAUGAUCAAGCCGGGAUCAUGAACAUCAACGGCGCCAUUUUCAUCAUCAUCACGAAUCUCUCGUUCGAAAACAUCUUUGCCGUCAUCAUGGUGUUUUGCAAUGAGCUGCCCAUCUUUCUCCGCGAACACGCCAACGGAAUGUAUCGAACCGACGUGUACCUGAUUUGUAAACAGCUAGUCGAGACCCCUGUUUUCAUCAUUACCACAACUAUUACGGUUGUUAUAUUGUACUGGAUGACCGGGAUGAAUCCGGAUCCCAUUCGCUUUUUGGGUGCUCUAGGAAUCGCGCUUUUGCUGACCCAAGUCAUCGUGUCGUUUGGCUACAUGAUCUCUUGCAUCGUACCCAAUGCUCAAGUGGGCAAUGACAUCUCUCCUGUGCUUAUCUUACCAUUCAUGCUCGUGGGGGGUUUCUUCCUCAACAAUCUCUCCAUCCCCACUUGGCUCAUCUGGCUGAAAUACAUCUCUUGGUUCAAAUAUGCCAACGAGUGCCUAGUCAUCAACCAAUGGAGUGGGGUGGAAUAGAUUGAUUGUGAUGAGGGCGUGGAUUGGGGUUGUAUUCACACGGGAGAUGAGGUCAUUGCGAGAUUGGGCUAUGACAAAAGCAAUAUGACUUUCAACCUCUUGAUGAUGUUGGCAUUUUCUCUUGUCUAUCGUGUCAUUGGAUUCCUCGUGCUUUGUGUCAAAAGCCGACGUCGCAACUGAAGAACCUCAUUAAUAUUUCAAAGCCUCUUUUCUUGAAUUUUCAUUCAUGAGGUGCCUGGAAACGGGGUCAUAACGCUCCUUUGCCCUUGGUCCAAAGGUGAAAGUGUACGCACAAUACGUGGAAACGAAAUUUGCCAUUGGGGGAAGGGAGAAGCAGAGUAUAAUGACGAGCAAUAGUAACUAUUAUAAUGUUUAGUUUGAGAAAUAAACACUUUUGCCCACCUCCA